UAUAAUGCGUUUGAUUUUAAUGGGUUGGUUUAAAGUUGAUUCCGCGUGGCACAGUAGCCAAAAGGCCUACAACAGUUCAGUCAGGGAAAGGAGAAGUGUUAUCAACAUGAGGCAGCUGCCUCUGUAUUUUGUAGCCUAAUUUAGGUGUAGGGCUGAGAGUUGAACCAUGUCCUCCCUCUUCACUGUUCGAGGGCGAUUAAAUCCCAAUUGCCCCGCCCUCAGUUGAAAAACUUCGAUUUUCAAAACACUUUCUAAGGGAAAUCACUGCAAAAGAAGGGAUAAUUCGUCAAAGUCUUUAUGUCGCAGAAGAAAAUACUGAAAACAACAAUUUGAAGGAAUGUACAUUGUAACUGUGACUUUGGCCACUUUGGUCAUCAUCCCAGUGUUGCUGAAAAUAUUUUUCCCCUACUUCUGGGAAGAUGUUGUCUACCUCAAGGAUUUGGUUCGGAUUUUACUCACGUUUGUUUCACGCAGAAAGAGAAGACCUUUAUUUUUAGCUGUGGAUCGAUUUAUAGAGCAGUCAGCCCUACAUCCUAAUAGGACUUUCGUCUUAUUUGAAAACAAAUCAUAUUCUUAUCAAGAUGCGGACAGAGAAAGCAACAAAAUUGCGAAUGCUUUACGGGCGUAUUCUCGCCUUCAAGCGGGGGAAGCUGCGGCGCUCUUCAUGGGGAACGAACCUACGUUUAUGUUUACCUGGCUUGCACUGGCAAAGCUAGGAUGCCCGGUAGCUUUUCUCAAUCACAACAUCAGAUCGAAGUCUUUGCUUCAUUGUUUUAGCUGCUGUGAUGCUAAAGUCCUCAUUGCCGCUGUAGAACUUGAGGAUGCUCUGAAAGAAAUCCAGCCAGCGCUUAAGGAGAAGGGUGUUUGUGUGUUCAUUAUGACCAAAGAGUGCAGCAUCUCCGAGUUUACAAGCUUCACAGACAAAGUUGAAUUUGCCUCUGAUUCCCCCAUAUCCCGUUCACACCGCUCACAAAUAACCUUCAAAAGCCCUGCUGUGUAUAUUUAUACAUCAGGCACCACAGGCCUUCCUAAAGCAGCCACUGUUAGCCAGACCCGUCUACUGGCUGCACUUGCUGUGUUAGCUUCCAAUGGUGUCACUGCAGGGGAUGUCAUCUACCUCAACCUACCUAUGUACCAUACGGCAGGUUUCCUCAUUGGGUUUAUAGGAAGCAUUGAAACAGGUGCCACUAUUGUUUUACGAAGAAAGUUUUCAGCUUCACAGUUCUGGGAUGAAUGCAGAAAGUACAACAUCACAGUUAUCCAGUAUAUAGGAGAGGUUUUACGCUAUCUUUGCAACACGCCAAAGAAAGAGAAUGAUCAACUUCAUAAAGUGAGACUUGCCAUUGGAAAUGGCCUACGUGCAGAGAUAUGGAGAGAGUUCCUGAAUCGUUUUGGCAACAUUCAAGUUAGAGAGUUUUAUGCAUCCACUGAGGGAAAUGUGGGAUUUGUCAACUACAUUGGCAAAAUUGGUGCAAUUGGCCGGGUCAACCCUUUUCAUAAAAAAUUUUUCCCUUAUGCUUUGAUAAAAUAUGAUACUGAGGGAGACGAGCCAGUGAGGAACUCCAAGGGUCUCUGUAUUGAAGCUUCAAAGGGAGAGACCGGCCUGCUGGUUUCAAAGAUAACAGACAUUGCUCCUUUUGUGGGAUACGCUAAUAACCAACAACAGACAGAGAAGAAGAAGCUUCGAAAUGUGUUUAAAAAGGGGGACCUGUACUUCAACAGUGGAGAUCUUCUGAGAAUCGAUUGGGAAAACUUCAUCUAUUUCCAGGAUCGUGUUGGAGACACUUUUAGAUGGAAAGGAGAGAAUGUGGCAACAACUGAAGUCUCAGACAUUGUCACAAUGAUUGACUUUGUUGAGGAGGCCAAUGUGUACGGAGUUCAAGUUCCAGGCCAUGAAGGGAGGAUUGGGAUGGCGGCUGUAACAAUAACAAAAGGAAAAGCGUUGGACAGUAAGAAAAUGUUCAGCCAUGUUGCUAGUUAUCUCCCUGCAUAUGCUCAACCACGUUUCAUCAGAAUUCAGAAUUCUGUUGAGGUGACGGGGACAUUCAAGCAAAUGAAGAAGACGCUGGUGGAAGAAGGCUUCAACCCCACCUUGAUAACGGAUCCCCUCUUUUUCCUGGAUGACAAAGAGAAGAGUUAUAUACCAAUGACCAAGGACAUUUAUAAGGCAGUUGUGUCAGGAAAUAGCAAGCUGUGAUCGGAUGUGGCCUGCACCUUUCCCUUGCAUCAGAUCCAUGGAAGCAAUCCCCCUCUGGAUCUGUAUGUAUUUUGAUCAUGAGUAUUGAUCAUGAGUAUUGAUCAUGAGUAUUAGUAAGUAUAACAAAUAUUUUCUGUUCAUCACUUGUAUUUCUCUGAAUGAUUGCUUUUCACCUCAGGGAUUAUGCCUAUGUUUUCCCCAUGACCAAACAUGUGUUGGCGGCUAGAGGACUGGAAUGGCAGGAAAGAAUCUUUUUGAAUCUUACUUUUCAAUAGAAAAUUAUGCUCAUGUCUAUCCUCUGCUGGCAAAUGUGCUCAAAUAUCCAUAUAGCAAGUUAGUGACCGCCAUUGGAUUACCCUUUCACACUCAAGGACAAUUCCAAUUUCCUGAUAGUGUAUCUUAGAACUUUGCCGAUAAAGAGGUUAAACAUUGAUAUACUGAAAGGAACCUCCAAUACUUAUGUUAGCGUUACUGCGGUAAGAGUGGUGUGUGCCUGCCCAAUAUGUGAUUCAGCAGUACAUGAUGUGUAAUUUGGCACUUGGCAUCAUGGUCCCACAGAAAACAGACUUCAUUAAUAUGGCUCCACGCAAUUUAGGAACUCAGACCUAGUCCCUCUUCUUCUAAUGCUAUAUUGCUACCCGUUAGGUAGGCUGACCUAGGGUCAUUUCUUUGGAUGCCUACAAUCUGUUUUGACGAAUACCUCUCUUACUUUUUAAUAACUAGUUUCUUCUAGGAAUAGUGCCACUCAGUAUAUUGUUACAGCCGUUUUCUAUAUUUUGGCAUAUUCCACGGACACAGCUUGUUACUAGUUCUGGAGAAUAGCUCAGAGGCUACAGUGCUGCUAUGGGGCUUACCAGCAUGCUA